AUGGCGGCACCAGCGAAGGAGCAGACCAGUCCGCCGUGGAACCCACCGGAUCAUUGGGAUGAUGUCGACAAGCUAGGAGAUGCGAUCCCCAUGGGAACCUCCGCUGGUACACUUGCAAAGCUCGUGGCGGCUCGUGUCCCUCUCGAUGCAAAGUACACCACACCCGUGGGGGAGCAAUGGACACCAUCUCACCUUCUGGAGGAGUGUCAAGCGCGCAAGCUGGCAGUAAACAUGGUGAUCGACCUGACGAACACGUUCAAGUAUUAUGACGGUAUCGCAGAGUUCCAAGCAAAGGGUGUCGAGUACGUCAAGAUCAAAGUCGAAGGGUUUGCCGACGUCCCGAAAGAGGAUAUCGUGCAGCGGUUCAUCACCGUUCUGUCGACAUGGGAACACAAGCUCAAACAACGAAAAACCGAAGUUGUGUCGGAGGACGAGAUGACUCCCGUCGUGAUUGUCCACUGCACGCAUGGCUUGAAUCGGACGGGGUACCUCGUCGCGCGCUAUCUCAUUGCGACAAGAGGCAUCUCCGUGAAGGAGGCUCUCGCAACGUUUACUGCAGCGCGCCCACCUGGACUUAUCAAGCACAUGUACGUGAAAACAUUGUACAACAUGUUCGAUCAAGGCGGCGACAUCGUGCUUCCAACGCUUCCACACUGGGCCCUCCACAAGUACGACCGGUCCAAGAACGAGUUGGCCGCUGCCAACAACAUGCCACGUAUUGCCUCCACCCAACCGUUUGAUCGUAAACAGCACCGUUUGAAUGAAUCCAACUUGAGACGACCGCCCGCCAACUGGACCGACCCUCCCCGGAUGGGCGACGUUGUGGCAGACUCGCCGUUCCUGCCUAUGCGCACGCUCCUCGACGACUCGUUCGACCACGGGGCGGAUCCAUGGACCCCCGACGUGUUUGUCGCGGAGCAAGCGCUUCGAGGCCACGACGUACGCCUCGUCGUGGAUCUCACCAACACGACAAAGUACUACAACGGCCCAUCCGCGUUUGCCAUCCACGGCAUCCAGUACGAGAAAUUCGCGCUGGAAGGAUUCAGUGCCGCACCGUCGACGGCCUCUGUUGCAGCGUUCUUGGACUUAGUCGACGCGUUUGAAAAAACCCACCCGAAUGCAGGGCACCUUGCGCUGCAUUGCACGCACGGCCUCAAUCGCACAGGUUACUUGGUCGCGUGCUACCUCAUCACACGCAAAAAUUACUCUGUCCAAGCCGCGUUGGAUGCGUUUGCGACGGCACGACCCCCCGGUCUCAUCAAGUUCCUCUACAUCGAUGCCCUCCACCGCAUGUACAGCCAUGGUAUCUCGACUGACAACAUCAAGUACCCGGCGCUCCCGCCAUGGGCAAGCAAAAAGUAUGCCAAACGUGCGACUCCUCCCCAGUCACGCACGUCCACUCGUCGGUUGUGGCCGCCACCGAGCCACUGGGCCACGACGCUGCCCCACGGGAAUUGGAUUACUGUGCGACGAAGCGAGGACGUGCCGAUUCCAGUCGAUGCCGCUUCUGCCACGGAUGCGCUCGGUGGGGCCCAUGGAACCCGCACACACAAACAAGCGAUCGAGCCGACUAUGCGCACGUUGCACCUGUUGCCGAUGAAAGCGAUGCUCGACGAUCGGUUCGACUCGGACGGCUCGUGGACGCCCCACUCGUUUGUGUCGUUUGUCGAGUCGGGUGGGGGCGGUCCCGUCCAUGGUGUCGUGAGUUUUUGCGAGCGAAACGCGUACUACACUGACGACCACUUACCCUCGACACUGCGGCGAACGUACCUUCCCAUUCGAUCUGGCCACGUGCCGCACCAGUCGGACGUCGACGCGUUUUAUCGCGUGCUUGACUUGUGGCAUGGCGAGGUCGGUCGAGACAUGGAUCUUCGAGUGGCGCUGCACUGCUCCGUGGGCAGUCGCACGGGGUUCUAUGCCAUCCAAUGCCUUGUGGAUUUCGCCCACCACACAGUCGACGAAGCCAAAGCGAUCUAUGAAGCCGCAUGGCCCCCAGGUUUCAUCACGAAAAGCUUUCUCAAGAAUCUGUACUUCGUCGAGCGCAAGAACCAAAUGCGGUUGGAAACCACUCGAGAAGACGAUGCAUGGAACGACGUCCCGACGGAUCGCUCCCCCAAAACCAGGCCCGCGACGCCAACGACCACGGCAGUGACCCGGCCCGAGACAGCAUCUCGCGGCCGGAUCGACGAGAUCAAAGUCGAGCGGAGUCCUACCGCCGCAGUUCAGAACGGCGCUACAAGGACCGCCAUGACCGACAGCACACGCAAAGACGCAGCGAAGAGCGAGGCGACUCGUCAAGACGUCGGCGAGGGUGCAAUCGCAGCCAAGAUAGAGAACCUUCUAGGUGGGACCGCGGAAGGGAGCAAAGUCCAGGCUGGGACCGUGGAGACUGGUUGA